UGAUGGAUAAGACAACUGGAGCAGGGAGAAUGGAACUCCUUGGGUUUGACGAAGUUUAUAAGUUGCUGAAAAACAAGACUAAAACUCUAGGUUCCGGAGCUUUCGGGACCGUCGCGCUGGUUAACUGGCAUGGCGAGCCAGCCGCUCUUAAGGUAGCUAAUGGUCCUAAGGCAUUAAAUAGCUUCGAGCGCGAAGUUCAGGUCUUGUCGGAGCUGAAGGGGGCUGGCGGCGCUCCCCUCCUACUCGGGGUGUCAUAUGACCCCCUAGCUCUUCUCACGACAUACAAAGGGAGCACCAACCUAGACAAGAUAAUGUGCGAUCCAAGGUAUGACCUAAUCAAGAUCGGGUUCGAGAUUGGCAUAAAAUUGUUACAAGUCCAUAAUAAGGGCUACGUUCAUAAUGAUAUCAAAUCGGAUAACAUAAUGAUUCAAGGCUCACCCCAUGAACCAAAAAUUAGCGUAAUCGACUUCGGACUAGCCUGCAAGAGCGGAGAAAAUAUCUACCUGGGCGGUGACCCCGAGGAUUACCCAUUUUACGCCCCAGAAGUCCUUGGGGGGCAACCUAGUACAUUUGCUAGCGAUGUAUUUUCCUAUGGCCGUCUGAUGCAGGACAUACUGGAGGUGACCAAUAUUCAACAUCCUCCACUAGAGCAGAUGUUCCAGGAAGCGAUGCGCAUCAACGCAGACUGGCGUCCAUUCCUCCCUAACCUGCUGCGACGCCUUCAAGACCAAACCAGAGACGCUUCUACGGACUCCACGUAUGACCAAGAUCGUAAAAGAAUUCAUCGGUACGCACAGCGUGGGCUUGAGAGAGACGGACUGAGGAUGAUUAAGGAACAGAUUUUUAAGAACUCGGCAGGAACGGAGGGAUAUUUGUGCCGUCUCCGGCAUAUGUGUGGUCUCCUCUCCCGGUGAUAAGGAACUGGGUCAAUAUGUAAUGAGGUUUAUACGCAAAAUUAAAGAAAUAAAAAGAUUAAUAUGUUAAAUUAGCUGUUUGUCUAUUACUUUGCAUUUAAAACCUUCAUUGGAUAUAUUUUUUUUAAAUAAAUAGAGCGAGAGAAC